GUUUCUGUGUGCUUCAUGGUCUUGUGUUCUAGAGUUUAGCUGUUUAUCUGAGAACCUGUAUUCUGUUAUCAGCAGCCCAGUAGCUGAACCUGUUUCUGCCUACCUGAGCUGCCUGUUUGCCUGAUUAUUGGAUGUUGGAUUCCUGCCUCCUCCUUUUGGGUUUGUUUGCCUGUUUUGGACUCCUUCUCUGGUUUUGACCCAUGCCUACCUCACCAUCCCCGCUGCUGUAGCGGAUCUCUGGUAGGAGCAGGAGGCUGGGGCUCGGUCCGGCACAAACCCCCUCUAUACCUGAAACAGCCACCUUCCCCCGUUUCCAACCAUCCUGCAGGAGCACUACCAGCACACCGGGAGACAUAAAUGGUGGAGGCCGUGGUGGAGUUUGACUAUGAGGCUCAGCAGGACGAUGAGUUGAGCCUGACGGUGGGUGACAUCAUCGUGAACAUACGGCGGGACGAUGGAGGAUGGUGGGAAGGCGAGCUGGGCGGACGCAGGGGGCUGUUCCCAGAUAACUUUGUUAGGGAGAUAAAGAAAGAGGGAAAGAGGGAUGGAGGACAGGCAAGCAUGACCAGGUCUGACCUUUCCAAUGGAAGGGCCAGCCCCGUGUCCGACUCCAGCGUACGACCGGCCAGGAAAGGAGAGCAAAUCCGUAAACGGAGGUGUAAAGCGGCAUUCAGCUACGUGCCUCAGCAUGAAGAUGAGCUAGAGUUGAAAAUAGGAGACGUCAUUGAGAUUAUAGCAGAGGUAGAGGAGGGCUGGUGGGAGGGAUUUCUUAAUGGGAAGACUGGGAUGUUUCCCUCCAAUUUCACCAAAGAGAUCCUGGCGGAGUCGGACACGCCCUCCUUAGACACCUCGCAGGAGGAGCUGCGCAGCGGCCGCUCCAGUAAGGACAGCCCAGGCAGUGAAAGUGAUGGAGGGGACAGUCGGUCAGAAACAGGGUCAGGAGAAAUCCAGCCCAAGAAGGUCCGAGGAUUUGGCUUUGGUGACAUCUUCAAAGACCAGCCCAUCAAGCUCAGACCACGCUCUAUGGAAGUGGAUUCAGAGGUGGACAAGGCCAACGAGGGGAAAGCAGCAAGUGUUGCCCCUGAAACCAUGAAGACUGAACCUGACAGCAAAGCCAAAGGGCGGGAGCAAUGUAAAGUCCUCUUUCCAUAUGAAGCACAAAAUGAAGAUGAGCUGUCAAUCAAAGAGGGGGAAAUUGUCAAUAUUAUCACCAAGGACUGCGCUGAUGCUGGCUGGUGGAAGGGGGAGAUCGGGGGAAGGCAAGGUGUCUUCCCAGACAACUUUGUCAAGCUGCUAGAAGUGGAGAAAGAGAGACCAAAGAAACCGCCUCCUCCUAGUGCACCUUCAGCUAAACACACCACAGAGAAAAAGUCGGAGGUCAGGAAGGUUCCUCCUGAGCGACCUGAACAUCUGCCACAGAGAGACCAGGAUCGAGGUGAAGAGGUGAAGAUCGGAGACAUCCCCAAGCCCACCCACUCAUCUCUCCUUCCCAAGAAACCCCUCCCCCCAAAGACAAGCUCCUCCUCUUCCUCCCAACCCCCACGGCGUCCUGAGAGACCGCCCACUCUAGCGUGUGAAAGCCCCAAGUCUGAGUGCAGGGCUUCGACACCAGAUUCUGCCCCUGACAGGUCACAUGACAUCGAUGUGGACCUGGACGCAGUCGUCCUGUCAACAGAGAAAUUGAGUCAUCCGACGGCGUCGCGGCCAAGAGUCACAGACCGCCGGCCUCGCUCCCAGAUCAUCACACCGUCCUCUCUGUCCAGUACCGAUAUGGACUCCCCUACAUUGGAGGACAGGAAGGACAAGGACAGAGGGAAGGAGGAGCCGGAGACUUUCUCCAGAUCUGUAGACGUCUCCCUGAAGAAAGGAGUGUCCACCAUCUCUGUACCUGACAGUAAAGCACGAGUGCCUGCCAAGCCCUCUGUCCUGACCCCACCAAACUCCAUCCAUCGCCCCGUGUCCCCGUCUUCCUCCUCGGGUCUGACCCCCUCCCCCGAGCUCCGGCAUUCACCUCUGACCCCCCUGACACUGGAGGAACUCAGGAACCAGCUAAGAGACCUGAGGGCCUCCGUAGAACUGCUGAAGAACCAGCACAGGCAAGAGAUGAAGCAGUUGGCCGGCGCGCUGGAUGACGAGAAGAAGAUUCGUAUUAGUUUACAGAUGGAAGUAGAGCACAUAAAGAAGAGCCUGUCGAAAUGAAGACUAAAUCAUCCUUAUCAGCGCACUCUGAUCACCACAUCAGAGCCCAGCAAUUUAAAACAUUCUCACUGUUGGCCGAGACACUUCAGCCAAAACAAAGUUUGUGCCAAAUGAUCAUCACGAUCGACAUCAGCAACAAUACAGUACCAUGGAAUCAGCCACCCCACCCCCCCGACGCCGCCUUAUCCUGUGUUUAAUUUUUUCUUUUUCUUUUUAAAGAGGCUUCUCUGUUAAGUUUACUGCUAUCCUGUCUAAGCUUGCUGUGCCACUGGUACUGACUCACCACGGCCUGUCUCUGUGUGUUGCCACAGUUACAGAACGAUGACACAGAGCUGCAGCUACCGUGGCGACCACGCUGGUACUUUUUAUUUCUAAGUGUGAAGGAAACUUGGAAUUUGACCUUCGUAGCCCGAUUGGUUCAGACGACCUCUGUGCUGUUCUGUGUCCACUCUGCGGCCUUCACCUCUUAUCUGUGUGUGUGUGUGUAUGUUCUUAUUUUCCAUCCAUGUGAGGACUGGAGUUUUAGACCUUCAUAUUAGGGACAUUAUGUAAAGUGAGGUUGUUUUGGCCGGUCCUGACUUCUUCAAUGGGCUAGAUUAAGGUUAAGAUUUGGGUUUAGGGUCAAAACUAUGAUCAAAGCCCAGACUUUGAGGCACAUCAUUAGCAUUAGGGUUUGACACACUGAGCUUGAUGUUUCUAUGGUACACUGCAGGCGGGUGAUUUUGAAGCCAUUCACAGCAAUGGCAUUUGGACAUAUUUUCCUGACCCUUUUCUUAAUGUCAUAAGUUUUUAAUUUGCAGUCAAAUAUUAAAAUAUUUAUUGUUAUUUAAUUAUUAAAAUUAGAAGAACAUCAGGAUUCUUCACCAGUUUAAUUAAAUCUAACCAAUAUGACAAGUGAUGCUAUAGGUGCUAUUUAAAGAAAUAGUUAGACAUUUUGGGAAAUGCAAUACAAAAAACAAGCUGUAAAAACAACAAUUUGUGGUUUUAUGAUGACAACAAGACUUCAGAAAGUCACUGCUCCCAGCCAAUAAAUGGUCUGGGCACAUAUCUCACCCAAAAACACAAAUUGUCACUUUUACACAUUGGUUUUUGUAUUAAUGAAACAAAAACACAUAUAAGAUGUUAAUUAUUUUGUUUUACAGGUUCUGUUAGGCUGAUUUUGUGACAGAGCCAGGCUAGCUGUUUCCCCCUGUUUCCAGUCUUUAUGCUAAGCUAAGCUAACCGUCUCCUGGCUGUAGCUUCAUACUUACCAUACAGACAUGAGAGUGGUGUCAAUCUUCUCAUCUAACUCUCGGCAAGUAAAGAAAAGUAUUUCCCACAAUGCCAAAUUAUUUCCCCCCCCCCCAAAACUGCCCUGUGAUAUUUGGCCGCAAAUGAAAAGUUUAUGCAAAGAAAAGUACAUGUCACUGCAUGAACACGCCUAAGAGUAUUGCCUUCAGAAAUGUUUUGGUAUUAUUUUUCUCUGUUUGCUUUUGCACUUUUGCUCCACAACUCCAGAAACCUCAAGAAACAGCUGUGCUGGUCACAUUACACCCCCCAAAAAUCUAAACCGAGAUCCAUGUACAUCUGAUGUUUCUGGUGCUGCAGCAGGUGAAGUGUAAAGUUAAGGACAGGGUUUGAGGAAUGUAGUGAGCGAAAGGACCUCACAGGUAAAGGAAGACAAAAAUGUGUGUGUGUGUGCAUGUCUGUGUGUAUGUGUGGUAGCAUGUACGGCUGUUUGCCUCCCUUCCUUAUAUGUGCACAGAAUCUAUGGCAACCCGUCACUGUGGCCUUCCUGUUUUUGACUCCAAAUCUUUCUUUUUCUUCCUUCCUUUUUUUCUUUCUUUCUUUCGUAUGACAACAAGAAAACUGCUACAACUGAGGCUACAAGUUGUUUUCUUGACUUGGUCCUUUCUCUCCAGGAUAGUGAUAAAUAUAUAUACUUUUAUAUUUCAGUGUAAUAAAGAUGCUAUUAUGUACUGUAUGUGUGCACAUCUUGUUUUUAAAAAAAUGAGAAACAUGUUUGAAUUGUCUGCUGGUAAAUAAUGUCUGUGUAUAAUAUACAGUACUGUAUGAAGGAGCAUUUUGUUCCAUUCUGUUGCUCUUUACACUGUUUAUUCAAGCAAUUGGUACUCUUGUAUGGAUAGCUAUUAUAGAGCACCGUAUGUGUGUGUGUUAACUGGAUGUACUCUCAGGUCAUUGAAGGUCUGAGUGAACAAAAAAGAAGUGAAAGUGCUGAUUCAGUCUUAACAGCCACUGAAAUCACUGCAGAAUUUCUGCAUCAGCAUUAUUUAAACUGAAAAUACAGAUAAAAUCCCUGAAUAUGUGUAACAAGACACCAUAGGCGUUUUUGGACCAAACAGUUCUGGGGACUCCCUGAGAAGAAUUGCCCACAGGGGAGCUCCCCCGACAACUAUAUACCUUCAAGGGCUUUCUGUUUGCAAUCACACCGCCAAUAGGAACGCUGAAAUGACGUAAGCCGGCCGGCAGUUGUUAUAGUCACUUCUGCCCGUUGUAUUUCCCCCGUCGUAUAUACGCUCAAUAAAGCCUGGCCUGACCUGG